AUGUUUUCGGAGCACAAGAAGAAAACCAAUGAUAAGAAAGAAAAAGGUGAGGGGAACCUCAAAUUUGACGAGCUAGAAGCGAAAACGAAGAAGAUGAAGAUAGGAGAAGAUGGAAAAAAGGAAAAAAAAUAUCAUUCCACCGACGAGCUUCCUUUAGAAAAGAAGCGCUCGAUCAAAAAGUCGGACCAGAAGCCUUCGACGACUUCAUUGAAAGGAGAUGAGUCAAGUUCUAGUAAACCCAUUGAAAAAAUGGGAUUUGGCAUUUUCGAGGCGGCUACAAUGAUGCGGAAUAUUGUUGACAUAACAACUGAUAGUACCACUACGAAUCCACUCAAUAGAACAAAACAACUUAAAAGCAAGAACAGCAAGACAUCCCUUGGACCGCUGACUUCUGGACCAUUUGCGCAGAUGAAAGAGGCGCAGGAGAUGAAGAAAAAGAAGCAAAGCUUUGAUCAAGAUGACGAGGACACCUCCGAUUGA